AUGGAAAACCAGACAGGUAAAAGGACCAACAGUGUUUGUAAUGUUAUUGAGUACAAAUACAGAUUAUUGAUGUCUCUCUGUUUUAUUAUUAAAGGACACUCUCUCAGCUGUUAUGAGUGUAUGGGUAUGAAUGGUUCUUGUGUGGAUCAAAAUAUGAUAACGUGUCCCAGUGGAUUGUCCAAGUGCAUGAGUGCAACAUUAGUAGCACAAGUUGGUGAAACUAGUUUUAAUGACAGUUAUAAAAAUUGUACUGCUGACUGUCCAAGUGGAUCCAUGAACUCCGGAACUUAUAAGACAUCUUAUUCCUGCUGUGACACUGACCUUUGUAAUGUCCAAGAUGAUCCAGAUCCCAGCACUAACACUCCCAAUGGAAAGAAAUGUUACUAUUGUGUUGGAAAGAACUGCUCAAACACGGUGAACUGUUCAGGGAGUGAAGACCACUGCAUUACAGUAACACUGAAUUUCAACAAAACACUGUUUCUAAAAGGCUGUAUCUCUAAAUCUAUUUGUGAUUAUGUCACAGAAUCAUCUGGUAGUGUUAAUAGCUUCUCAUGUUGUAAGGGGAACUUGUGUAAUGACGUUUAUAGUGUCACCCAGAACAUCACCCAAAACAUCAACGUCACCCAGAACAUCACUCAGAACAUCAUCCAGAACAUCAUCGAGAACAUCACUCAAAACGUUACCCAGAUCAUCAACGCCACCCAGAACGUCAAUGUCAGCCGGAACAUCACUCAAAACGUUACCCAGAUCAUCAACGCCACCCAGAACGUCAAUGUCAGCCGGAACAUCACUCAAAACGUUACCCAGAUCAUCAACGUCACCCAGAACGUCAAUGUCAGCCGGAACAUCACUCAAAACGUUACCCAGAUCAUCAACGUCACCCAGAACGUCAAUGUCACCCAGAACAUCACUAAAAACGUUACCCAGAUCAUCAACGUCACCCAGAACGUCAAUGUCACCCAGAACAUCACUAAAAACGUUGACCAAAUCAUCAACGUCACCCAGAACAUCACCCAAAACAUCAACGUCACCCAGAACAUCACUCAGAACAUCAUCCAGAACAUCAUCGAGAACAUCACUCAAAACGUUACCCAGAUCUUCAACGUCACCCAGAACGUCAAUGUCACCCAGAACAUCACUAAAAACGUUAACCAAAUCAUCAACGUCACUCAGAACGUCACUCAAAACGUUACCCAGAUCAUCACCCAGAGUACUAACAGUGCUAAGAGUAUCACCCAGAACUUUCUGUUAUUAUUGAUUGUUUACUUAAUUACUUCUAAAUUAGAAGAAAGAAGCACAUUUUGAGCAGCAGGAUAAAUAGAGACAACAGAUUAUUAUUGUCUGUUGUUGGUUGGCAGACACAUCUUUUCAUAUGAUGUGUGUGCAUGAAAAAAAAAUAUUUUUGGAAAGGGAUAAAGAGUUUUGAAUGUAUUGUUUGCUUUUGCUAGAUUUGUGUGUUUUUA